UCUUUGUCGCCCUUAAAUUUGAUCAUGAACUUACUAUUUGUAUUUCUUUACAUGGUAAAUUUGAACCUGAUUCUGAAAAUGAUGCUGAUGGAAAAAUCAACGUUUAUGGUUUUAAUCAGAGUGGUACUAUCAUGAAACUUAAAUCUUGUCUAGAUAAUUAUAAGCUCUAUUACAAUGAAGAACAUUUUCAAGUUUAUUUAACAAACAAGCGAAACACAUUUAUUUGGCUUGGUACCCCAAAACAACAAGUGACUCGGGUAGUCUCACUUAACGAACUUGAUGUUAAGUCUUCCGUAAGCGUUGCUAUUGACAAGUUGUGUCAUAAAACCGCUAGGAUAACCAGUAAAAUUCAAAAAAAGAAUAUAUGUGAAUCUGAAAUUUAUGUAGUAAGCAAUCGUGAUGGGCUGCACUUAAAAUACAAAACGGUUAAUUCUGAUUAUACAGUGAAUGAGGAGCAAGUAGACAUUGAUGCAGAUUACAAUCCACUAGACCCAAACAACCCAGAUGAUCAAGAUGCACACUUAUUGUCCCUUGAUCCCAUUAAAGAUUUCACUGAUGAUUUGGAAGAAUUAAUGAAAAGAAUGGAAUGCUGGACUAAGUAUGGUUUAUAUAAAAAUGUAAUUGAUACUUAUGAAAAGUAUUUAGAGAAGAAUAAUUCUGCAUCUGAUCUUCAUAAAUUAGCUGAAUUUUCAGAAAAAAAUCCAAUAUUUCAUAUUCCUUUAGUAGAAUUCGUAACAAAACCAAAUUCCUUGGAAAUUCAAAGCAACACAUUGAUUUGCUUGAUUGGAAUUUGUUUAAAAGCUAGUAAAUGCUUAAAGGACUCAUUGGCAUUGGAAAGAGCAGUAAACCUGCUUAAAAAGUCUCAAUGUUCAACGGGGUUGACCAUGUAUCAAGUUUUUCAGAUAUUCACACACAUGGUUGUUGAUUAUCCAUCUUCUAAAACGAUGUUGGAGUAUUUUGGCUCUCUGAUCGAAAACAUAGAGCAAAAAUUACAACCACAUACAGAUGAUCCCACUUUUGGAAUGUUGGUCAAUUAUUUUUUAAGUCAAGUUAAGAUGUUAUGUGUCCAAACGUUAGAAGAACUCGAUUUUAAUGAUGAUGAAACCACUAAAGUUCGAUAUCGAGCACGUUCGAAUAAAGUAGAUAAAAAAAAAUUCAAUCUUAUGUCAAUAGGACAAUUUCCAGUUAAAGUCCGACCAGGUGAUGUCGUUUUACUUAAACGUCUAAAUCAUAAAUCAAAAGAACCAAUAUCUAUUAUACGUGCAGUUGUUAUCUCCAUCGAAUCAGGAGUACGUAUAGAGGUAUCAUGGGUUCCUCGGGAUAUAGAGAUAGCAACUUGGAAAUUGAUCCCAGUUGGAAAUAUAAUUGGCUUCAGAAAUUCUAUGAAAGCUAUCCAAGAACUAUAUCCAACUCAAAAUGAGGAAAUAUCUACACUUUUGAAAAUUAUCAUUGAACCGGAAAAGUUUACUAGAGAUGAUACUGAUUUACCAAUAGCAUCUCAUAGUGAUAGUCAUGAGCUUAAUGCCAGUCAACAUUUAGCUGUUGAACGAGCUCAAAAUGGUCCUUUUACGCUCUGGCAAGGUCCCGCAGGAACUGGAAAAACAAAAAGCAUUUUUCAACUAAUAUUGCGUCUUCUUGGACAUAAUCCUGAUAAAUCAAUCCUUGUAACAGCAGCUACUAAUGCAGCAGUAGAUAACGUUGCCCUACAUUUAGUUAAACAUGGAGGCAUUAAAGUGGUUCGUAUUGGUGACAUUAAAUCCAUUCAUAAUGAAUUACUACCCAUCACUCUUGAAGUUGGAUUUGAUGGUUCGCCUAAAAGGAUUCAUUCUAAGGAUGCUAAACAAAAACUUCAAGAUGCCAAAGUUGUUUUUGCGACCUGUGUUGGAUGCGGUACAAGUCUUUUGGAAAAAUUUGAAUUUUGUUUUGUUAUUAUAGAUGAAGCAUCUCAAGUAUCUGAGCCAACCUGUCUUAUUCCGCUAGCCAAAAAAUGUAACCGUUUUGUACUGGUUGGAGAUCAUAAGCAAUUGCCUCCAUUUUGCCUACCGGAAGCUAAAGGAUUUGGAUAUUCAAUUUCAUUAUUUGAACGAAUGAUUGAAAAUUCGUAUCCAUGUUAUUUACUCGACACUCAGUACCGUAUGCAUCCUGGAAUCUCUGAAUUUCCAAAUAAACAAUUUUAUGAAAACAAAUUGAAGGACGGAGUAAGUGCAGAAAAAAGACCCUUAAUAAAUGGGUUUGUAUGGCCAAAUCCAGAAAUUCCAGUAGCAUUUGUCCAAGUCUCUGGAAAAGAAACGUUUUUAAAGAGCUCAAAAUAUAAUUUAGAAGAGGUAAAUAAUUUAGUCAACAUAAUGAAAAUUAUUAUAGAAUCCGGAGGUGUGACUCCACAGGACAUUGGCAUCAUUAGUUUGUAUAGUGCUCAGUUAGAGAAAGUAGAAAGUGCAUUAAAGGAUUGUAAAAACGAAUCUUUUAAGAAUAUUGAAGUAAAAACUGCUGAUGGGUUUCAGGGACGAGAAAAGGAAUUAAUACUUAUCACUUGCGUCCGUUGUAAUGAAAACGAAAAGAUUGGAUUUUUGGAUGAUGAACGUCGAUUCAAUGUCAUGCUUACUCGAGCGAAGAGGGGGCUUAUCAUUUUUGGAGAUAGAAAAACUCUUUGCAGCAGUCAAAUGUGGAAAGAGUGGUUCACAUGGACUGAUCAAAAUGGAUUGGUUAUUAAAGAAUAA